ACAAAAAUAAAGGCAAACUCAAUGGCCUACAAGGGGUAGUAGUGAAGAACAUAACAUCAUCGCUUCCUCCGCUACUGUUGCAUGGUUAUUUCAGAGAGGAGGAGGGGGGAGAGAGAAACGAAAGCGAGAACUCCACCUGUGUUUGGGUUUUCUUCAUUGAAACCACUUGGUAACCUCCCCCCUUCUUAUUUUCACUCUAUAUAUUUAAUAUCUAAAUUACCCUUCUUGUCAAUUCACCGUAUUGGUAUGUUUGCACUUUAUAUCAAAAAAAAAAAUCGAUUAUUAGCUCAAUUUUUACAUGCCCUUUUGGCAGUAUCUUGUUUUUGAAGUACCCACUUGCCAAAAAAGUUCGAACCUUAGGAAUUCAUACAAACUUUGCUCUGGUUAUGUAAUGGAAAUCUGAAGAAAAUGGCUUAAUUAAAGCUUUGGUAUAUAUGGGUGGAAGAAAAUUGCUAGGUGUUGCCAAAUUUUGGAGCAGGGUUUAUAUGGUGUCAAGAUGAUGCUUUUUACCCUGACGGUAUAUUUGCAGUUGUUGGGAAAAUGGUAAUGGUAUUUGGGAUAUCCCCAAACUCUUCAAAGUCUAUUGAUGAUGGGUUAAAUCUCAGAUUGAGAUCUUCGAAUUUGUACACAAAAUACAUGUCAUUGCCAGAACCCAGUUUUCGGAUUGUUGGGGUACCCGAAUUGGUGAUAGGAGAGGCAUGGGAUGAGGGAGAGGAAGGGUUGUUGAAGAAGAAAAAGAAGAAGGGUGCUCUUAAAUUGAGAAUUAAGAUUGGGAAUCCUUCACUGAGGAGGUUAAUUUGUGGGGCAAUUGCGGGUGCUGUCACAACAUUAUCGGUUGCUCAUCUGGAGACAAUAAGAACUCAUUUGAUUGUUGGGAAUUUUGGACACUCGAUGGCUGAAGUGUUUCAUAAUAUCAUGAAUACUGAGGGAUGGACGGGCCUAUAUAGGGGUAAUCUGGUUAAUGUCAUUCGGUUUGCUCCUAGCAAGGCGAUUGAGCUAUUUGCUUUUGACACAGUUAAGAAGCACUUGACACCUAAACCUGGAGAACAGCCCAAACUACCAAUACCUGUAUCUCCAAUUGCAGGUGCUAUUGCUGGAAUGAGCUCUACCUUAUGCACAUACCCACUUGAGUUGCUCAAAACUCGACUAACCGUCCAGGUGUACAGAAUAGCAUUGGGAUUUCAUAUAUUUACAGCAUUAACUAUGAAGUUGUGGCUUGUUAUUUAUGGAUAUCGUGUAUUUGCAGAGGGGUGCUUACAAGAAUCUUCUAGACGCUUUUCUGAAAGUUCUGCAAGAAGGGGGACCUGUAGAACUUUACAGAGGCCUUACCCCCAGUAUAAUUGGAGUAAUCCCAUAUGCCGCCAUUAAUUAUUUUGCUUACGAUUCAUUACAGAAAGCUUACAAGAAGGUUUUCAAUCAGGAGGAAAUUGGAAAUAUUGCAACUCUCUUUAUCGGAUCAGCAGCUGGUGCCAUUUCAAGUAGUGCAACUUUCCCACUUGAGGUGGCUCGCAAACACAUGCAAGUUGGUGCUCUCAAUGGGAGACAUUACAAGAACUUGCUUCAUGCCCUUUCAAGCAUACUCGAGAAGGAAGGGUUUCCUGGUCUGUACAGUGGGUUGGGCCCAAACUGCAUUAAAUUGGUCCCUGCUGCAGGAAUUUCUUUCAUGUGCUAUGAGGCAUGCAAGAAGAUUCUUACCGAGGAAGAAGAUGAUCCAUAAAGAUGGGAAACGCAAAUUCUGAGGUAUUUACUAAGACACAUUAGAUUUAUUUUCAAGCUCAUACUGUUUUUGGUGAGAGAGAAUUUCAAAGCAAAAUAAUAGCAGUAUUUUCUUAAUGUGAUCCUGUCUAGUUUAUGUUCUUCCAUAGGAUUUGGUUCAAAGAUCAUAUCUAUGAAACGAAACUUAAAUUGGGCUUUUUUUUCGCCGCAUUGAUCGAGCUUAUAUCACAGAAUUGAGAUAUCUGAUGUUUGACAGGCAUU